AUAUGGCCACUAACGAAAUUAGCUUUUUCGAGCAAAUGCAAUUCGAGCACCCACGCUGCUCGACUAUCGUCAGUUCGAGCUAGCUCAAUUGUUUAUAUCCCCGUUCGCGUGUAUCUUCCUUCUGCGGUCGGGCGUUAUUACACCUGGAGACGGGUUUGCACGCUGUUCUGGCUUUAGCUGAGAAGUUCUCGGGCAUAAAUUCAAAGUAUAGAAUGAACUUUUGAUGUAAACUUUCCAUCCAAACAUCGAAAACCCCUCCACAACAGAACCGCUCGGCUUAUUUACAACACAGUGGUUCUAAGCGCGAGUGUGUGUGUCCUAAGUUAAGAACGGUGGUGUUUUGUAAAUUGGUUGAACUAAACCUAGUUAGUCGUAUUGUGAAGAGUCUAGUGGCGUUAGCUCAGCAAGGACUAAAACAUCCUCCCGGGAACUAGAAACACUGUAAGUUUCUAAGCGCGUAGCUUCCCGAUUUGCUUGCAUGAUGCCAAGAAACCCGAACAGCUGCUGCUGCUGCCGCUUCUUGAGCGCCGUAUUUGCUUCUUGAGCGAACCUGCAGGGUCCAUCGCAGGCCUAAAGCAGAGAGACGGAAGUAUAGUACCAGAAGUAUCCAAUCCGUGACGAUUGUCGAGAGCCGACCGGUCACAGGAAGCUGUGUUAUCCUAAGGUUAAGACAGUGAAUUCGUAGUAAAACAUUGACUCGUCUGCUACCCAUCGCUAACAAGGGCAUUCGUUGUAAAGUAUUGUGUAUCAAUCAACCAAAAGACAACCACUUAAACGUUUAAAAAAACGAAACGAAUUGGGAAAGAGAAAUUGUACUGAAAUUAUUCAGCCAUCCACCACUAUCUUCAGCACAGCAAUCAACUUGUGAAGCGAUCCCGAUACAGAAAAAUGAACCCCAACGUGGUAACACGCAGCAGCGCCAAGCAGUCGAAGAUACGGACCCGUGCCCAGCAGGCAGCGAUCGAAGCGGAAAAGGAGGAACGAAGGGUAAAGUUUUACGGUGGCCAACGGACGUCCGGCAAAGGCAGUAUAGCGGAAGCGAAAAAGCAAGGCAAACUAAGAAUGUCAGCCAACGGCACCGACGAACGGCGCAGUUCCGACUUUAGCGAUGUACAGCUGAAGGACAUCUUUCACAACGCGCAAAGUGUGAGCAGUGUCGAGCGCGGUUCUACCGGCAUCCUGUACGACGAUCGUUUCGCGCUGCACCGCUGCCUCUGGGACAGCAACUAUCCGGAAUGUCCCGAACGCUAUCUGCGCGUAAUGGAGCGCGUUGCAAUGGGGAAAUUGGUGGAGCGAUGCAAGUUCAUUGCACCGCGGGAAGCCACCAAGGCGGAGAUCCUGACGAAACACACCGCAGAGCAGAUUGCGAUACUGGAGAAAACGCACGGUUCGCAGGACGAGACGGAGCUGGAACGGUUAAGCUCGAAGUAUGAUGCUAUCUUUAUCCAUCCGACAUCGUACGAGACAAGUUUGCUAGCGGUUGGUAGCACGAUAAAACUCGUCGAGAGCGUGUGGAACGGUACGGUGCAGAAUGGAAUGGCGAUCCUGCGACCGCCGGGCCAUCACGCAAUGACGGCAGAGUACAACGGGUACUGCUUCUUCAAUAACGUCGCUAUCGCAGCUCAGCACGCACUGGACCAUCUCGGCACGCGCAGGAUACUGAUCGUCGACUGGGACGUGCACCAUGGUCAGGGAACGCAACGGAUGUUUUACUCAGAUCCGAGAGUGCUUUACUUCUCCAUCCAUCGGUACGAGCAUGGUACGUUUUGGCCUAAUUUACGCGAAUCCGAUUUUGACUAUAUCGGAGAAGGUAAUGGUGAGGGAUACAAUUUUAACGUACCGCUUAACAAGACCGGCAUGACGAAUGGUGAUUACCUUGCCAUCUGGCAGCAGAUUCUACUACCGGUAGCCGCAGAGUUCAAUCCUGAACUGGUUAUCGUGUCGGCUGGUUAUGAUUCGGCGCUGGGCGAUGAGAAGGGUUGUAUGGAAAUAACGCCAGCCUUCUACUCACACCUGCUUAGUCCCCUGCUCGCACUGGCUCAGGGACGUGUGGCGGUCGUGAUGGAGGGUGGCUACUGUCUCGAAUCACUGGCCGAAGGAUGCACGCUCACGCUCAGGACAUUGCUGGGCGAUCCGUGCCCGAGGCUGGCAGAGAAGCUACAACCACCAUCGGAAAGUAUGCAAACAUCGAUCCUCAACUGUAUCCACAGCCACCGGAAGUACUGGAAGUGUCUUCAGUUUUAUGAACUUUAUGACCUGGAGGAUUAUAAUAACACUAAUCCGCAGGAUGAUUUCCACAAGGUGAUCAAAUGCUACAUUCCACCGGAACCGCCUGCACAGCCGGGAUACUACGAAACGCGCAACUGCUAUCCGGUGCAGUCGGAUGAGGAACGCACCAAGAUCCAGGAACGUCUGACAUGGUUACGCUUCAACACGGAUCUCACCGUACCGCCGAGUCGUGUUUGCUUCGUGUACGACGAGCUAAUGCUGGAACAUCGGAACAGCCAGGAAAAGUGGCACCCGGAGCAACCGGAGCGCAUUGCAAAGAUAAUGCAGCGACUGUCCAUCGAUUACCAGCUCGUGAAGCGCAUGCAACGGAUAGCGGGCCGGUUGGCUACGACUGAGGAACUUUGUCUGGUGCACGAAUCGAAACAUGUGCAGCUAAUCGAAACGCUAUUCGACCUGGAUACGAUGAAGCAAAUGGCCGUCAAGUACAAUUCGAUCUACUUCCAUCCCAGUACAAACGAUAGUGCCCGAAUGGCGGCCGGGUCUGUGUUGGAGGUGCUGUCAGAAGUGUUGAGUGGCCGGGUACGGUCCGGGGUGUGCAUUGUACGGCCACCCGGACAUCACGCUGAAUCGGACACACCGCACGGGUUUUGCAUUUUCAACAACAUUGCGGUGGCGGCCCGGGCCGCGGUGGAAUAUUACGGUUUGCGCCGGGUGCUGAUUGUAGAUUGGGAUGUGCACCAUGGGAACGGGACGCAGCACAUCUUCGAGCAGGAUCCACGCGUGUUGUAUAUUUCUGUGCACCGGUACGACAAUGGUUCGUUCUUUCCGAACAGUACGGACGCGAACUAUACCGUGGUGGGUAGUGGACAGGGCGAGGGAUUUAACGUUAACAUUCCCUGGAACCGCAAGGGCAUGGGUGAUGCGGAGUAUGUGGCAGCGUUCCAGUCGGUUAUUUUACCGAUUGCUUACGAGUUCGAUCCGGAGCUGGUGCUCGUCUCGGCCGGUUUUGAUGCGGCUAUCGGCGAUCCGCUUGGCGGGUGUCGCGUUACACCGGAAGCGUACGGACACUUUACGCACUGGUUGUCGGCGCUUGCUGGCGGCCGGAUAAUGGUGUGCCUGGAGGGCGGCUACAACGUUAACUCGAUCUCGCACGCGAUGGCCAUGUGCACCAAGGCACUGUUGGGGGAUCCGUUGCCGAUGCUUCUUCCACCGGUCAGCACGCGCACUGCCGCGACCACCACCAGUUCAACCAGUGUAUCCUGUGCAGAGACACUGCGGAAUGUGCUGGCGGUGCAGCAGAAGUACUGGCGAUCGUUGCGUUUCAACAAAAAACUACCAAGCUGUCAAUCACUGACGGACGGUACGCUGAUCGACGCACUCGAUGCUAUGAGCUUGAACGAUCCGGACUCUUCCAAACAAACACCACAAACCACCUCAUCGCCAUCGUCCACGUCCGGUUCGGUUGGGGCAGGUUCCGAUGAACCAUGCGCCUCAUCAUCUGCUGCCGCCACGAGUCAAAAGCGUGCAACAACGCUGACUGAAUAUUUGGAAGCUAAUCUAGAGGCAUUGCAAAACGAAGAAAUGUUUGCUGUUAUACCACUGAAAAACUGUCCACAUCUGAAGUUACUGCGCCCGGAAACGUGCCCCGCUUCCAUCAACACACAAACACCUUGCAGCGACUGUGGUGCAGAGGUGGAAAAUUGGAUCUGUUUGCUGUGCUUUGGCGUGUACUGUGGCCGCUACGUCCAGGAGCAUAUGCUACGGCACGGUACGGAAACGGUGGACCACCCGCUAGCCCUCAGCUUUACCGAUCUAUCCGUGUGGUGUUACGGGUGCGAUGCGUACAUCGAUCAUCCAGCACUGCACCACUAUAAGAAUUUGGUGCAUCUGGACAAGUUCCAGGAACCGCUCGUCUGGUCGUACGGUAGUGAUCUGGUGCUGGAUGUGGUCAAUGCUGGUGCCAGCAGCAGCAGCAAGCAGAAGGGUGACUGAUAUUGGCCGGAUAUCUCGAAAAUUAUCUUUCGAGUUCUCGUCCUGUUCCUGCUAAAACAUAUGCUCGUCGGUUAUUUCAAGUAGCAUGCUGCGUAAAGCGGUGUGCUACCCUACCAACCGGAAGCCAGCUGUUGGCAGUGUAAGGCUUUUAUGUUCAUCGUAACACAAUUUUACACUUAAUGAUGUUACUAUCUAAUGCGCUUUUCCAAUUGUCUAACCUAUAAUUGUGUGUGUUGUGUACCAAAAUGGCCCAAAAACUAUGUUUAAAGAAGGAGAAGUAACGAGAGUAACUAUUUAUCUAUCUAUAAUCAAGACAAAUAGGAGGAGAGAAUUAAUAGGCAAUUCCUUAGGAUAUACUUUUAAUAAUUUCUUAUGACGAUAUUUCAAAAGGGAUUGAUUGUUGAACCUUUUUAAUUUUCCGCUGGGUUGUAGAACAAAAAUAAGACAACCUUUUUUUUUAUUUACGCUAACAAGCAAUUAACCCAUCGGUCCUAUAUGCGUCCUGCAUGUUUGCUUGUUUGUAUUGUAUAAUAUUGCGCUAUGUUUCUGCGAAAAGUAGAUCAGGGAUAAGCAUAACCACCACAUACUAUAAGUCAAAUGUACAAGAGGUACCGGUAUCGUGAUGGAGAUUUUGAAAGCAAAAUGCUGUUAUGCUGUUAGGCUGGUUGUACAAAACAAAAUCACAUAUUGGCGGGUGGUCACUUUACUUACAAUUCAAAUCUUAAUGUGUGCUGUUCUAAAUUACAACACCACUUUUCCACUCGCUCGCUAAAGAUGGAAAACAGCUGCCAAUAAUUGGCCAUCAAAGUUGAUGAAGCUGUGCAACGUUUGUUAGAUAUAUAGCUGUAGAACACGUAUCGUAAAGAAGAAACGAUUUAGUUGUCUAGGUUUUCUUCGGUUGGAAUGUAUGUUGCGUUUUUGUACCAUUCGUGCCUCAUAAGACAGCACAUCAAGUUUUCAUUUCACAUCUUUCCAUAAUGAUAGAUUUCAUGCGUAAAAAAUCGAUGCUUGUACCGAGCUGAAUGAGGUUAACACGCUGCGGUAUGAAAGGUACACGGUCUAGUCGAACUUUCAACUUACACCGUUUUACAUACCCUGCCACGGUUAAUUUUAGAACAAUAACCUAUAUUACUCAGUCAAAUGUGAAUCAACGCGGUGAGCGAACAAACAAACGUGGCAUUGUUAGAGCGGCCCGGUCCGAGGUUCAAAUCCCAUCGGAGCCGUUCUCCCCAUAGUGAGGACUGACUAUCCAACUACGUGGUAUCAGCAAGUCUAGUAAGCCAGAAAUGGCAGGCAUGACCUAAGAGGUCGUUAGGUCAAAGAAGAAAAAGAUUACUUGAGCAAGUUGUAGGGAACAAUAGGAAAACCAAUGUAACGGAUAGGAGUACUAGUUAUCUUUUGGGCCAUUCCAGUGUACUAGAAUUUAGAUGAUGGAUGUGUAUAAUUAUUUGAUUCGUUUGACUGCGUUUUUGUUUUGAUUUGUUAAAAUUCAUGUUAAAACUAUACGGUCGUGUGUGGUGCGGUAGGUUUCACGAUGUUACUAUAUUUCGUAGAGAUUGGGAGUAGAGGAAAAGAGGGCACGACAGCAGCAGCAGCAGUGGAAAGGGUUAAAACAAUGUAUGUUGGUUCUAUAAAAUAUUAACACAACAGUAACUAAGUAAAA